AUGAUGUACCAUUUUAUCGUUAAUCCAAGCAGCCAGAGCGGAAAAUCCAAAGCAUUAUGGAAAUUGAUAGAAAAGGAGCUCAAAGAGCAUCAUAUAGAAUAUAAACUUCACCUGACACAAUUCGAAUUUCAUGCUACAAAAAUCGUACAAGAAAUAUGCCAAGAGAAAGGUCAGAAAAUUAUUGUUACACUCGGAGGAGACGGAACAGUCAAUGAGGUUAUUAAUGGUAUCACUGACUUCGAUAACGUUACAUUUAGCUAUAUACCGACAGGCUCCAGCAAUGAUUUCGCGCGUGGAUUAGGUCUUCCAACAAAGUUUAAGAAAGCUCUUGAAUGCGUAUUAUAUCCCAAGCGAACUCUUGAAAUUGAUGUUGGUGUUGUUGACUUUGGAGAGGAUGAAACAUACAAAUUCGGUGUAUCAUGUGGAAUUGGUUUUGAUGCUGCUGUUUGUCACGAAGCUUACAGCUCUCCAAUCAAAGAUUUUCUAAAUAAGUUUCACAUGGGCUUCCUCACAUAUACAAUCAUUGCAUUCAAAAAUAUGCUUACUUUCAAAUGUGCAAAAGUUACUGUUACAUUUGAUGAUAAAGACACUAGAAUUUUUAAUCAAUGUUUAUUUGUUGCAUCAAUGAAUGAUCCGUGCGAAGGAGGUGGACUCAGAUUAGCUCCGAAUGCUACACCAUUUGACGAUCAUUUGGACGUAUUCGUGAUAAAUACCAAUAAUAAGAUCAAAAUCUUAACGUUUUUCCCACUAGCAUUUGUAGGCAUUCAAUCACUCUUGGAUAGAUUUAAAGAAGUUAGUAUUAUCAGGUGUCAAAAGCUUCAUAUUAAAUCAGAUCGUCCACUUCCUGUUCAUAGAGAUGGAGAGCCAUGCAAAUUCAGAACAGAAAUGACUGUUUCUCUCCAAAAGAAAAAACUUAAAGUUUGUUCUUUGUAA